AUGGCAAGGACUCCUACCAUCCAUCGAAAGCAAAAUCAAGGAAAUGGUAAAAGCCCAAGAUACCAAUUUCUCGAGGAUCAACCGGCGCCUCAAUUACUCGGUGUAAAUGGAGUGGCAAACCGGCAACAGCGAACACGAAACUUACGGGAACUAGCACCAGAACCGGAAUUCGGAGCAGACGUUCCACCGAUGGAAGCACCAGAACCAGAACCACCACAACAACAAGGCAACCAACAAUUUAUGCAACAAGUACCCUACAGUAUCGGCAAGAAGGCAAAGGGUAAUCGAAACGAAUAA